UAAAGACGCCUGGCUUGCAAACGCCUUUGUUUGGCCCCGUUAGCAGGGGGCUGUCCCAGAGGUGCUGCAGUACCGGACUUGGUGUCGAGAGUUGGAGCAGCAAGUGGAAGCAGGAGGGUCACGACACUGUUGUGCCUGGAAGAAGCCACGAGCUCCAGAGAUACCCAACAAAUGGAGGGGAACGCGAUGGAUGCUAGCAGUAGUGAAGGGAACACAAGAAUUUGACUAAACAUUUCCUUUCUUCUUAAGGGAUCCCUUCCAGGCAGGUGGGAAGCCACAGAAGACCACAGCCUGGAGAAAGCACUGCUUCAGGUGGAAGAGGAGCAGCAAAGGUGUGAGAAUCUGGCAGAAGUGAACGCUCUCCUGCGGGAGCACCUCGAUAGAGCGAAUGAGGUUAAUUCAGCCCUUAAAGCAGAUGUUGGAAAGCUGACGGCGGAUUGGAUGAGGGCCCGUCAGGAGCUGGAAUUGAAGGAGAGUGAAUGGCGCAACGAACGUGAGCUUUAUGACAACUGCUUGAGGGGUGAACAUAACCGUCUACUCAGCCUGUGGCGUCAGGUGGUAACCUUCCGCCGUCAUUUCCUGGAAAUGAAGACUGCCACUGACCGAGAUUUGUCAGAGCUGAAGGCAGAGCAAAUGAGGCUUUCUGGAGCUAUACUUGUCAACUGCUCCCGUCUAAACUCUGGCAUGCACCUCUGGGAGUCCAUCGCUCUGGGCAGACCUGUCCUGAAGGAUCAGGCACAGCAGCAAGCGGAACAGGAAAUAAGCCAGAAGGCUCAGGAAGUGAUGUGCUUACAAGUCAAGGGGGACCUGGAGAAGAAGGAGCUUCAGGACAGGGUGAUGGAGCUCUCGGCCUUGCUUGUACAGUCUCGGAAGCAGAACGAGGAGAAGGAGAAGACCGUGAAAACGCUUACCGACACUGUCGAGAUUCUAGAAGCAAGUUGUUUAGAGAAAGAAUAUGAAGCUUCCUUGACUAAAAGAGCCAAAGAAGAGAAUCUUUCCCUCCAGAAGCUGAUAAAAGACAUAACUGAGGUGGUGUUAGAUGACAGUGACAGCACAGUCAGCAUUAUCUGCACUGACAGUUCCCAGCAUGCAGAGUCCAGCAACGUCCUCCCUUGUCUGAGCUCCGUUGAUGCAGAGCAUGCCUUUGUAUUGGUUCAGGAAGCACUGGCAAGGAGGCGAGGAGCAAGGCAGGCCCUAAAAGAAGAGCUUUCUGCCAGGCAGGACUCUAUCAAUUUCCUGCAGCACCAGCACAGACAGCAGGAAGAGCAGUGCAGGAAGCUGCAGCAAAGGCUUGAGCAACUGGAGGAGGAAUGCAAGACGUCCAGCAGCCACCGGCAGCACCUCCAGUCUCUGGUAGAAGCACUCAGAAGUGACUGUGCAAACCUCGAGAAAACCAGGGAAGAGCUACAGCAACAGCUUGAAGUAACGGAGCAAGAAGCCUCGCGUCUGCGUCAAAGUAACACUGAACUGCAGCUGAAGGAAGAUUCAGCGCAGGGGGAGAAGGUGGAGCAGCAACGGACGAUGGAGAGAGCGCGUCGUGACCAGGAGCUCCUACUGAAGGACUUGGCUGCACUUGAAGGAAAACAUUCACUAUUACAGAGUGAGUUGGUAGUCGCGAGAGAGACACUGGAGGAAUCGCACCUUCAGAGGGAUCUGCUGAAGCAAGAGAAGCAUGAGCUUGCCAUGGCGCUGGAGAAGGCAGAGCGGUCGGUAGCAGAGUUGACAGGGGCUCAGAAUAAGCUGAGUGCUGAAAUAGCUGAUCUACGUGUUGCAACAGCGAACACGAGCGGUAUCAAUGAAGCUCUUGCACUGGAUAAAGCGCAACUGAACAAACUUGUGCUGCAGCUGGAGCAAGAGAAUGAAGUUCUGUCAGGAAAAGUGGACGGGAUGGAGAGAGCAAAGAUCUCUGACCAGGAGAAGCUAGACUUGUGUAGAAGAACAAAUGAGGAGCUCUGCGCCGAGAAAGCCCACCUGGAGCAGCUGCUGAAGAAAGCAGAGGAGCAACAGGACAUCAUUGCAAGGAGAUUUCUGCUCAGAGCCUGUGCAGUGUUUUGGAGAAAUAAGUGUAUUGAAAAAAUAAAACCAGACAAAAAGUCUUUGUAUACAGUAUAGAAACCGACAGGAACAACCUAAUGUGGAGGGCUGUGUGGAGACUGACAAGGCAUGCUGUGAUGGAGUGCUUUGGAAAAGGAAGAAAUUUUACCUGCUCCUCGGGUUCACCCUGCUUUUCCAGGCCUACGACUGACCCCAUCCACACAAGCCAGCACCGGUUUUGUCCCACCGCUGCUUCUGCUGGGGAACCUGCAGUGAACGCUGUCCUCUGCACUAUUAUCUUACUUCAGGACUCAUGCUUGAAGCAAGCCCCCUGCCACAGUUCACCUGGUACAGCAGGUCCCCAACUUGGCUCCUG